UCCCACCAACUCCAAAUAGAUACACUAGGAAUUCUGAUAGAGGGCGUGUUACCUGCAGAGCGCGUGUGCUCCUAGAACCUGAGGGGCUCACUGUACCGCUAUAUAAGGAGUGCGGCUCCCAGAAGGCGCCAGAAGAGCAGGAGAGCAGCCACUAGCUCCCGCUCUUUCCUCCACCCCACCAUCACCACAGACCCCUCGGAGUCUGCAGAAGCGCGCAACUUCAUCGACAGCACUUAAGAUAUGGAAUUUCUUCCCAAACCCAGCCACUGUAGCACUAGCUACGGCAGCCUCGGAGCCAGCGAACUCGAGGAACAGCUAUAUGAUGUGCAGCCGACGGUGGCCUCCGCGAUUGGAGCAGGGCUAGACGGCGAGGAAAAGACACCAUCCGAACCUGAGCAAGGAGCGGAAGCAGAAGCCGAAGGCAGCCUCCUCGCAGAAGCGCCCAGCAGCUUGGACGGCGGAAACCUGGAGGAUGACGGCGGGCACCUAGAGCCCAGGGAAGGGCAGGAGGAGCCAGCCCCCGCGGCAGCGGAGGAGCCACUGCUCCCAGAGAGGAGGCAGCGCCGCGGCCGCACCACUUACUCGCAGUUCCAAGUGCAGGAGCUGGAGGCGUUUUUCCGUCGCAAUCAGUACCCCGACGUUUUUGUGCGGGAGGAGCUUGCUGGAUGCCUGAAUUUGACUGAAGCCAAAGUGCAGGUUUGGUUUCAGAAUAGAAGAGCCAAGUGGAGGCGACAUCAGAGGGCACAAAUAUUGAAAAAUAUGCCUCCUGUCUUCCUGGGCCCUGGUAUGGGCAUAAUCUUCAAUGGGCCCUUUAGUGCUGUACCUUUUGUGGAUCCUACUUUGAGAUGUGAUCCUGUAAUGCUACCACCCAUUCGGCUCCCUGUACUACCUGUACCUGUGCCACUCAGGCCAACCUUGCCACAUCUGCCAUGCAGGCCGCAGAUGAUGUAUAUUCCUCCUGGGCCACGUGUGCCUCACUUUGACCUGGCCUCCGUAGGUAUGCCACGGAGCUCCAUCAUCCAGGAUCCUUUCAUAGGCCCCAUUUUGUAAAGCUUGGUCUUCGUAACAGUUUUUCCAAAGGUUUUCUGCCAGAUAUAAAUUGUUGCACAGCACCUUAGAGUAAGUUGUUAAAUACCUGUUAAACGAAGUGAACAGAUAAAGUUAGUGCCUUCUUGUUUUUUGUA